AUGCAUCUUGCCUGCCUAGGUACACUCGACCCAUCAUCUACUUACAGUACUUACCUGAACUCAUUUGUAUUUAUCAUCACCACAACCAGUGCACGGCAUUUUGAAGAUCCUCAAAAAUUCACGAGUACAUAUUUAAUGUUGUCCAUUGUUAUCCACACCCCAUCCAAUUACUAUUAAGCAUAUACUAUUUGUAUUUAAUCUUGUCCCUGUCAACGUCGUCUUCCUACGCUGUAUCAUACAUCGGUUGUGCGCACAGCAGACUUUGUUCAAUCCUAGCAGCUAUGACCGUGAUCAAGACAAAUCUUUCGAGUGCUGCAACAUCUUGUUGCACUUGUGCUACGCCGCUGACUGAAGUUCUUCGCCUCGAGACUGAGAAGCCUUUCCCAUCGGACCGGGAGUUAGAAUGCUGUGGGCGCGCUAUUUGCGGCCGCUGUAUACAUCAAAACCCUCGCUUCAAAUCGUACUGCCCAUAUUGUCAGAUAUCACAAGUAGAUGAUAUCUUGCCACCCGGUCUGAAAAGUACACCGUCAUAUGCAAUGUCGUCAGGUGCCACUACGGAUUUUAAAUGCGCCCCACCACCUUACACACGGUAUCCGACAGACCAGCUACCGCAAGAUUCUCUAAAUGAGAAGUGUGCUCUUCAAAACGAGGAGGCAGUUGAAGAUACCCUCCAUUUUCUCAACCACGCUCACGAUAGCAUCAAUUCGCUCUCGUUACGAUACGGUGUUCCUGCUGCUGCUCUGCGACGGGCUAAUAAUAUCUCCUCCGAUCAUUUGAUUGCUGGUCGUCGAACAGUCAUCAUACCUGGUCAGUUUUAUAAGGGGGGCGUCAGCUUAUCGCCAAGGCCCAUAGAAGGUGAAGAGGAGGAGAAGCGAAAAGCCAAAAUCCGGCGUUGGAUGGUCGGAUGCAAAGUCCACGAGUACGAUGUUGCUGUAUUAUAUUUGGAACAGCAAGAGCCGCCAUGUAGCCCAACGGUAAUCUCAAGCCGCUAAGGGGUUGUCCGACUCAUGGUCUUGCGAUGCGAAAGGAAGCUUGAUGACUCCACUGAGAUUCAUAAGCACUCAGCCUAGUAGAAUAUCGACCUUGUUGAGAUAACACGAAUUCCACCCGCUCUGGUGGGCUUGUGCACUUGUUCCAAGACCUCUCAAAACGCUGACCGAGUUCGUACAUCCUAG